CCCACCGGGCCGGACAGCUCCCCUGCACACUCGCAGCUCUCGCAGUGUCCCAGGAACGGCAAGAGCCGUAUCUUCCUCACGCGAGCAGCAUAUCCAAGAUCGCAGCCGCGGCCAUGGACGCCAGCCAGGCACCGCCUCUCCUCCUCUCCGCUCCCACUCUCAGCAUUGACCUCCCCGCGGCAAAGGACAAGGCCGCCGCCGUGUUCGACCUGCGGCGGGAGCCCAAAAUCCCGGCGCCAUUCGUGUGGCCGCCCGCCGACGCCCGGCCGACCUUGGCCGCGGAGCUGGGCAUGCCGGUGGUCGACGUGGGCGUGCUGCGCAAUGGCGACGGCGCGGGGCUGCGCGCCGCGGCGGCGCAGGUGGCCGCGGCGUGCGCGACCCACGGGUUCUUCCAGGUGUGGGGGCACGGCGUGGACGCGGCCCUCGCGCGCGCCGCGCUGGACGGCGCCAGCGACUUUUUCCGGCUGCCGCUGGCCGAGAAGCAGCGCGCCCGGCGUGUCCCUGGCGCCGUGUCCGGGUACACGAGCGCGCACGCCGACCGGUUCUCAUCCAAGCUCCCCUGGAAGGAGACCCUCUCCUUCGGAUUCCACGACGGUGCCGCCUCACCCGUCGUCGUCGACUACAUCACCAGCACCCUCGGCCACGAUUUCGAGCAAAUGGGGCGGGUGUACCAGAGGUACUGCGAGGAGAUGAAGGAACUGUCGCUGACGAUCAUGGAGCUGCUGGAACUGAGCCUGGGCGUGGAGCGCGGCUACUACCGUGAGUUCUUCAAGGACAGCCGCUCCAUCAUGCGGUGCAACUACUACCCGCCGUGCCCGGAGCCGGAGCGCACGCUGGGCACGGGCCCGCACUGCGACCCCACCGCGCUCACCAUCCUCCUCCAGGAUGACGUCGGCGGCCUCGAGGUCCUCGUCGACGGUGACUGGCGCCCCGUCCGCCCCGUCCCUGGCGCCAUGGUCAUCAACAUCGGCGACACCUUCAUGGCGCUGUCGAACGGGCGGUACAAGAGCUGCCUGCACCGCGCGGUGGUGAACCGGCGGCAGGAGCGCCGGUCGCUGGCCUUCUUCCUGUGCCCGCGCGAGGACCGCGUUGUGCGCCCGCCGCCCACCGGCGCCUCCCCGCGGCAGUACCCGGACUUCACCUGGGGCGACCUCAUGCGCUUCACGCAGCGCCACUACCGCGCCGACACCCGCACCCUCGACGCCUUCAGCCGCUGGCUCUGCUGCCCCCACGGCCCAGCCCAGGAGACGGCCACCUCGUGCACCUAGCUCCUCGUGUCGUCCGGACUCCAAGCCCCGAGCCGUGCCAAAGCCGCCAUCUCCUUCGUAGCGCGAAUUUCGCCGGGGCCCGCCUGGGGAUCAGCCACGCCCAGGUGCGGCGGGCGCGCGCGGGAGGUGGCGGCCUCGUGGCCGGCGGGCCCCACGCCGCCUUCCCAUUUUUGGACGCUGGCGCGCUUGCCUGAUGCGUCGACAGCCUAGUGUACAUUUCUAAAUACAUACAUACAUACAUCAUACAUACAUAAGCAAGCGUGUGGGUUCCCUUCUGCAUUUCCUCUGAUUCCGAA